GGCUGUAUGUACCGAGUAGUUCAGACGACGGGACCAGAUGGAAAAAACCUUCUGAAAUUACUUCCAAUUUCUAAAGCUUCUGGAAGUUUUGUGCCAAUAGUUCAGUCUUCAGCCAUGGCAAAUAAUUCUAAAGCAAGUAUUUCUAGCCCAGUCCAUCUUACUUUUAAGACACAGCUUGCCAGUACCACUGCACCUUCAUCUGUUAAGAUACCUGUUUUUCAGUCUCCUAACCCUGGAAAGAUUAUUCUUGCAAGGACAUUAGACAAGCAGGAAAGUCUUAGGGCAGGUUCUGAUAAAGAAAGCGUGACUCCAAAUCCAGGUGCUAACAUCCAGAGCAGUUGUGUUUCAGUGGACAGGCUGUCCUUACAGAACAUUGCUGUCAGCAGUGCAUCUAACCAGAGUAACACAGCAUACAUGGUGGUGAACACAAAAACUCUUCCAGUCACUGUGAAGUCUUCACUCUUGCCCUCUGGCCACCACCUCCAGAUACCAGCUGAUGCAGAAGUGAAAUCUGUCCCAGCUUCUUUCUUACCACCUGCAAUACAGCAAAAAAUACUUGCAGCUACAGCAACAAACGUGUCUGGAGGAGCUGACAGUACAAAAAUACCAACUGUUAUCUACAUGUCACCAGUGAACACAGUGGAAACGGUCCUUCCCGAGUGCUUACGAGCCAUUUGUCCAAAACCUGCCACAGAAGUUUCCCAAACACUGAUGAUGACAGCUACACCAAAGGGAAAUAGUCCUUCUCCUGGAACAGUAACAUCUGAAGGUCAGCAGUGCCAGCAAAGUCCCAUGAAAUGGAUUGUGCAAGAAGGUCCACAGUCGUCGUCGCCUUGCCUUAUUCCCGUGAAGUCAUCCAACAACGUGGCUUCCAAGAUCUUGAAGACUUUAUCAGGCAUGAAGAAUGUAGAAACAAACGCUGCGAAUAUUUUAUCACUCUGUUCUGGUGGUCCUGGUGGAAGCCAAACAAAAAUCCCACCUACUAAAGAUAAUGCUCUGGUCAUGUACAAUGGGAAAGUCUAUUUGUUGACCAAAAGAGGCUCUGAUGUUCUGUCAGGCCAGGGUGACAACCAGGCAUCCUCCUCUGCUGAUGCUUCAGUUAAAAAGGAGACACCCACACUAAUUGAUUCCACUGCAGUCAACAAAAUAACCAGUGAAGUAGUGAAUCUGGUGUUGUCCAAAGCCAGCGGAAUGGUGCUGUCUCAGAAAGAUCCAGACCCAGCUCCAGACUCCAAAAAGUCUUCACCAACUGGCUUAAGAAGUGAUGUAACAUCUGCACCUGCAGCUCUGGCGACACCAAGUGCCGACCAGCAGAGUUCCCCUGUAAACCACAGAAAGAGUUUGCCCUUCGACACGAGCACUUCAAGUGGAGUGGCCCCUGUUACAGCAGAUGGGGCACAUGAGAACGUGUGCCACGGUGGCAACGAGAAGAUCCAUUCCCCCAAAGCACCAAGGGCUGGUUUACCUCAGUCUAAGCAAGAGGGUGCUUUCAGUGAAGACUGUCAAAAGGUCCAGUGUGGAAAGAUGGAUUCACCAGGAAAGCGUAUUCAAAUCAAACAGCAAGAAAAGCCACAUUGGAAACAAUACUUGGAAUUAAGGAAAAGAUUUGGACUCUCUAAGGAGGAGAGAGUGUACCUUAAGAGAAUACCAUUAAGGACCUCCUGUGAGGAACUAGAAGAAAGAGUUUGCUCCAGUAACAGCUUGAAAAGGAAAAGUGAUUCUAGGAGUUCCUCAUCGUUAGACGUGGAAACAACGAAUCAACAUCAGGAAUGUGUUAAUGAGGAAAAGGUAACUGUGGAUCCGGAAGAGGAUUUGACUAAGAAAAGAAAGAUAAAAUCCUCAGCGUCAUCAGACAGCGGAAAGAGAAGGAAAACUUCAGUCAAAUCAACCACAAGUCCAAGUUCAGAAGACAAGAGCCCAAGUUCCGGUGUCCAUAACAGAAAUCCUUCACCUCCACCAGUCUUACCACAGCAAAGCAUCUCCACAGCCUUCGCUCUGCCAUCUCUGGGGAGGGACUCUGAGCAAGACCCGGACUCUCAAUACAGCGACAUUACGUACCCGAGCAUCCCAGUUUUAGUGUCUUCUGACGAUGACCCUUCAGUUCUUGAAGGGUCUUUCAGAAAUGAUGCUUUCCCUUUGACUCCCCCCGACUUGGAUGAAACAAUCCGGGAUGAAAAAAUCAAACGUCUGAAACAGCUCUUAAGGGAACGGGAAGCGGCGCUGGAGGAGAUGCGCAGGAAGAUGCAGCAGAGCUGA